UAAACUCAAAAAAAGUGAUUGUAGAGAAAUUUGAUUAAUUAAAUAAUAAUUUCAAUUUCGAGCAAUGCUUUCGAUAUUUAUUUUUUGUAUAAUUAUCGUUAAUAUAGUUACAAGUAUUAUUUGCGCUCCUAUUAUAGUUCAUGACGAUUUUGAAAAUGGUAACGUUAAUGAAUCUCUCGAGGAGACUGGAGAUGAUUCGAAUGAAGAUAAUCUGGAGGCAAAAGUUCCAAAACAAAUUUUACACAAGAGUCAAUUUUUCCAGGAUCUUUUCUAUGAGCAUUUAGCACCAUUGUUAUUCCAAUUCGGUCACGCUUGUGAAAAUCCAACUGAAUAUGAGCAAAGAUUUGAGCAAAGAGACUUUGAAAAUAAUCGCCAUCAUGGAAAAGUAUUAUGGGGAAAUGCAAACGGAAACUACGGAGAACAUUAUUGGGAUUUGGCUUCUGGAAAAUGAUUCUUUGAAAAAAAUUAUAUAUUUUUUUUAGUUCUAUUAUAAAAUUAGUAAAUUAAUUAUUAUUUAUUAAAAAUAAAUCGUUUAUCAUUUUUUAA